UCCCACGAGGAGGAAGAAGACAAAAUAAGAACAACUCGUUUGUUAGCUUGUUUUCAGAGCAGCAGUUUAUUGUUUUUAAUUCGAAGGUGAAAAUGAACAGAGUGAAUACUUCUGAAGAGUUUGACUCGUAUGAGAUCGAAGAGCCGAGUGAUGAAGAGAGAGCACAAAGCAGCUCGGAGGACGAGCUGGACGUGCUGCUUCAUGGAACGCCGGACCAGAAGAAGAAGCUGAUCAGAGAAUACCUGACGGGGGAGAGCGAGUCUUCGAGCGGAGACGAGUUUGAGAGGGAGAUGGAGGCAGAGCUUAGCUCCACCAUGAAGACCAUGGAGGGUGCAUGGGGGGCAUCAGCAGCAGGAACAUCAGGUGGUGGGGUCGGAGUUCCUCAGACCUACGAUAAGGUCUAUUUUGACUCUGACUCAGAGGACGAUGACACACAAACAGGGAGCUCCAGCAACCUAAGGCGCACACAGCAGCUCAUACCGACCAAUGACGAGCUGCUCUAUGAUCCUGACAAGGAUGACCGGGACCAGGCCUGGGUGGAUGCCCGCAGGAGGCAGUACAACUACAGGAAACCACAAGGGGGGGCACCUGGGUCACAGCACCGCCCACCUCAGGGUCUCCCCAACAGCGACGCCAUUCUUAACUGUCCCGCCUGUAUGACAACACUCUGCCUGGACUGUCAGAGGCAUGAGACGUACCGGACUCAGUACCGGGCCAUGUUUGUCAUGAACUGCACUGUGAAGAGUGAAGAGGUUUUACACUACAAAGCCCAACCACCCACUAAACAGCGUAACAGACGCAAGAGACAAGGUUCCAACAGAAUGGAGGCCAAUGACCUUCCAGAGCCAGCGGUAGCUGGAAUGGACAUGGAUGAGGUUUACCACCCGGUGCAGUGCUCCGAGUGCGCCACAGAGGUCGCCGUAUUUGAUAAAGACGAGGUCUACCACUUCUUCAACAUCCUGGCCAGUCACUGCUGAGGGGUUGAGCACAUUCUCUUCUGAUGAGAAGUACUGGUUCUUUCCAGUGUCUGUGGCACCACAGCGCCACCUGCUGAACUGAACUGAACAUUUCCACCACAAAAGGAACUGUAAGAAAAAACAUCUGAUUGGUUCCUUUUUAACAUGAUGAUGAUGAUGAUGUUGCAGUUCCUGCUGUUGGGUUCUGCUUUUGAUCAAGAACCAUUUUUGGGGGGGGGGAUUUUACUCAAAACCUCCUUAAUGCAGAUAUCAACCACAAAGAAAAAUGGACAUGAGGUGGUGCUGCCAUCACCGGAAUGUGAGAGAACCACAGAAAGUUCCUGUCAGUCAAAAAUUCACCAAGAAACCAAAAAGGAAAAUCUAUUUUAAAAAUCAUCAGUCAGACUGAGUGUUCCGACUCCGGUGCUGGUUCUGGAGUCGUCCUGUCAGAGAGUAAAACUGUUUGGACUCAGACUUGAGCGCGGGUUUAUUUUUCACAGCUGAGACGGAAUAAAUGUGUCAGAAAUGGCUUUUCAAGUGCAAAUAACUGAUAAACUAUUUACAAAAUCUAUCCAGUUGUGUUUUUUCAGCUGCUGGAACUGGAUUUGAGCUUUCAGACUGUUUACAUUAGAAAUAAUCUGCUUCUGCCCCCAAAAAAUGUAAUCAAAUACUUUAAAA